UCGUCUGCUACCCAGUUAGUCCUGUCAAGAAGCGGUAGGUGGCAGACACUGCGUAUUUACAAACACCGUUAUAUACCUAUUGACAGAUCAAAAGAAGUAUGUUACUAUUUUUUAAGCGUCUCUACCCCCUAGACAAAACUUGUGAAAUGCUGAAAUGUAGCAACAAUUCGUCUGUUAAGAAUAUAUUGCCACAUGAAUCGUGCCAUGGUUGAAUUAAAAACUCCAGAAGUUCCAAUUCGUCCAUUGCAUUGCGGGGAAGCGACUUGUUCGAUGCAGUAAUGCCACCCAAGUCUUCCAUAAACUGAGAGUUAUUGCGUUUAUAUUUUGGCACUGAAAACAGUGGCUCACAAUCAGAAGGAUCCACUUAUUAAGAUCUCGGUCGUUAAUAGCGCACGAGAAAUCGAAGCAGUCGUUUAUAGACGCCGCAGUUUAGUAAUGAGCGAUCAGGACGUUGAUGAUGUCGCAUUCCUGACAGUAUCUGUUUCAGGUGAUAGCCAAACCGGCAUCAAUAAGAGGAGUCUUUAUGAGCAUAAUGGCGUUGCGGUCUGUUCCCAGAAGAGAGCCUUGUUAAUAGCAACAGUGGUAUUUGCGACGCUGUUCGUAAUUUCAUUAAUUAUAGCGUAUGCAGGCCCACAAAGCGAUUGCCCAUGUGCAGGGGAAAAACCUGAACAUAUGGAGAGUGAAGCCGCCCCCAAUACAACAAGUUCACCACUUCCUUUAUCAACAAAUGGCGAAGUAUUUCCUUGGAACAGUGUCAGGCUGCCUACAUUUGUACACCCCACACGCUACAGCAUCAGCAUACAUCCUAAUCUGACAACACUUGAUGUCAAAGGCCAAGUGAUUAUAGAAUUCACAGUUGAGAAAGAAACUCCAUUCAUUGUCUUCCAUAGUAAAAACUUGACACUAGCAGAGAAGCUGAUUGUGUUACAGAGCAUUCACUCCAGUGGACGUAACCAUCGUAUGGCAAUUUCCCGUCUGCUGGAGUAUCCAGCCGGUCAGCAAAUAUACCUUGAAGCCAGGGAUAAGUUCCGAAAAAAAGUUAAUUAUACGCUCAGCCUCAGGUUCACAUCACGUCUUUCUCGUGAGCUUGAAGGUUUCUACCUCAGCAGCUAUGUCACCAAGGAUGGCGAGAGAAAAUAUCUUGCAACAACUCACUUUGAGCCAACAUAUGCAAGAUCAGCAUUUCCAUGCUUUGAUGAACCACAGUUUAAAGCCCGCUUUAAAAUGUCAAUCUUCAGAGACAGGUUUCAUAUUGCUCUGUUCAAUAUGCCUGUUAAAACUACAGAAGAUGCUGGUUUUUAUAUGGGAACUGGAUUACUGAGAGAUGACUUUUGGGAGUCUGUUGAAAUGAGUACAUACCUCGUUGCCUUUGUUGUAUGUGAUUACGACUAUAUCAGCAGCAAGACAAACAGAAGAGAUAUUAAUGUAUCGGUAUAUGCUCCAAGGGAUUUGAUACCACAAGCAAAAUUUGCACUUAAGACUGCAACUGAUAUCAUGGAUUACUAUGAAGACUUUUUCAGAGUUCAGUACCCAUUACCUAAACAAGAUCUUAUUGCUAUCCCUGAUUUUGCUGCUGGAGCAAUGGAGAACUGGGGCCUGAUCACUUACCGUGAAACAUCCAUCCUCUAUGAUCCAGAUGAAACAUCUGCUCCUGCCCAUCAGUGGGUUGCAAUAGUAAUUGCACAUGAACUAGCCCACCAGUGGUUUGGCAACUUGGUAACAAUGAAAUGGUGGAAUGAUCUGUGGCUAAAUGAGGGAUUUGCCAGUUUUUUGGAAUACCUGGGUGUUGACCAUGUGAUGCCUGGGUGGAAGAUGAUGGAGCAAUUCAUUCUUGAUAAGACACAGCCUGCACUUAAUCUUGAUGCUCUUGCCAGCAGUCAUCCAAUUUCAGUUGACGUUCAUGACCCAGUUGAGAUAGAAGCCAUAUUUGAUACUAUCUCUUACAGCAAGGGUGCCUCAAUAUUGUACAUGCUGGAGAAGUUUUUACACCAAGAUGUUCUGAGGAAUGGACUUAAUGAUUACCUCAACACCCACAUGUAUGGCAACGCAGAGACAAAAGACCUCUGGAAUGUUCUGAGCAAGAAUGCCAACCAGUCUUUGGAAGUGAAGGCAAUCAUGGAUACCUGGACUAGGCAAAUGGGGUUUCCAUUAGUCACAGUUACCAAAAAAGAUGGUAUUGUGACAGCAACACAGAAGAGGUUUCUGCUUACAGCUAGCCUGGAGAAUGACAGUAAAAUAGCAUUAGAUGAAGGAAACUCACCCUUUGGUUACAAGUGGUAUGUGCCUCUCAGUUAUUAUACAGACAAGGAAGCAUCAGAAGUGCAUCAUGUUUGGAUGAAUCUCACUGAUGUGAAAUUUGAAGUCCCUUCAGAUGUGGAAUGGAUCAAAGUUAAUGUAAAUCAGUCUGGCUUCUAUAGAGUAAUGUAUGAGGAAUCAAUGUGGAUGUCUAUAAUCACCACACUUCAUGAAAACCACACAGUGUUCAGUCCUGCUGACAGAGCUAACCUCAUUGAUGAUGCUUUCACAUUAUGCAGAGCUGGAGUGCUGAAUGCAUCAAUUGCACUGGAGUUAUCUCUUUACCUAUUGAAGGAACAAGAUUAUGUACCAUGGGCAGCUGCAUUGGAGCAUUUUCAAUCCUGGAGUAAACGUUUGUCAGAAACAACAGCAUAUAAGCUCUUCCUCGAAUACCUGAAGCACCUUCUGGGACCAGUCACACGCUAUGUUGGCUGGGAAGACUCAGGCCCUCAUCUUCAAAAACUGAUGCGCUCAGAUGUUCUUGCAUCAGCAAUUUUAUGUGAUGUAAAAGAAACAGUGAAGGAAGCAACAGCAAAAUUCAGAGACUGGAUGAAUAAUGGCACACACAUCCCUCCCAAUCUAAGAGAAGUUGUCUAUGUUGCAGGGAUAAAGUAUGGUGGUGUAAAGGAAUGGCAAUAUUGUUGGCACAAAUACAACAGUACUGGAGUGCCAAGUGAGAGAAAGCUGCUGCUAAAGGCCCUAGGUGUCGCAUCAGAUCCAUGGAUUUUACAAAGAUUCUUGAUCCAGUCACUGGAUCGUAAUCUUGUUAGACCACAAGACAUCAAGGUCGUUCUGGCAGUAGUUGCUGCCAACCCUGAAGGAAGGCUUCUAGCAUGGCGCCAUCUCAAGGCACACUGGGAUCUCAUGAGAGCUACAUUUGGCAACGGCACAUUCACAUUAGGCAGCCUAAUAUCAGCAGUGACUUCACAUUUUGCAACUGAGUAUGACUAUCAAGAGGUUUCACAGUUCUUCAGUGACAUGAAUGUUGGUUCCGGAAGUCGUUCAUUGAUGCAGAGCCUUGAAACAAUCCAACUUAAUAUACACUGGGUAAAAAACAAUGAGGAUGACAUUUAUUCCUGGCUCAAAAAUUAUCUCAGUAGAUAAUACCUACACAAAUACGGACAUUAUUGCAAUGCCUAGGCAUUCUGGAUAAGUGACUCAAGGAUGGCCUUCCUUAAACUUUGUGAUUUUUGUCAACCUUGUGUAAUUUGUGCUGAUUGUUAUUAAAAAAUGUAAGUUUGUGAUAUCUGUCUAUAUGUUGUAUGUUUCUGUGUGAAUUUAAAUAUUUAAAUUAAUGUUACAGGUGAAAUGUUUAUGAAUGGUAGUUGUUUUUAUGUAAAAUUAAUUUGUAUGGUUGGAAAGUAUGGGGAGGAAAGGGGGAGGCAUGUGUAAACGUGAAUUUCAGGUUCUGUGUAGUAAAAUGUUGCUGUUGAUCGAUUGGUUACCAGUGACUGGUUGAUUUUAACACAUUCUAUCGGCUUUUCCAGGAAUGUAUUAUGUAUGCCUAGUAUGUUUAUACCACACCAGCAGCUUGUCCAAAAACUGAUAUUCAAAUCUGCUCUGUGUUCAUUUUACUGAUUUCUUACCAAAACUUAAGUCACAGUCUAAUAUUUCCUUCAAUCAAAAUUUUCUUCUUUUUUACUGUAAUUAUUUAUUUUCACAGACAGUGUACAUGUGAUACACCUUGUCAUGUGUUGGAUGAAUCACACAAGAAUGCUUUCUUGCAAUAACUAUCACUCUUUUUCUUGCAGUAAUUGAUUCUCUUUUGCAAAUAAAAAUUUUGUGCAUAAUGCUAAAAUGAGAAUAUUUAGAAUCAUUUCUACUGCAAACCUCAGGCAUGCACACUUCGAAUUGUUAGCAGCUUAUUUUUUUACGUACUUGUCAGUCUCAGGCAAGCUGUUUCCCUGUUUGUCUAUCACCUACCACUAUGAGUCCUCAACUAAUACAUUAGUGAUUAUAAUGCUCUCCCCUCCGAAUGCAAUAUGCUGGAAGCAUUUUUAUGUUAUGUAGUCUCCUGUUGGUUGUAAAACAUUAUUAUGCCUAAUUGGCUGAAACUACAGCAACUCGGCUGAAACUACAGAAACUCAGUUGCUGUCUCAGUAUUAUGAAUGGUGCAAAUAAAUUAAAAGUAUCUCGAUUACUUUUUGAGGCCUUAAGCUCACUUUUCACCACCGAACAUUUCAUCCACUAAGACAACCAUUACUGCUUGUUCCAAAAUGUAAUCUCUGUUGCCCAUAUUAUUAGCAAAAUAAAAUGUUUCAGAACAAAUAAGCAGUUAACAAGGUGAUUUCAAUGAAUUCUCAUUUUAUUACAAUUCAUAUAACUAAGAGACAACAUAAAAUAUGUUACUGCUUGUGUUGCCACCUGAAGUUUUGUGUGUAUCAGUUUCAAAGAUAUUAGAGUCUCAUGACUUUGUUCCUAAUGAGUGAUCUUGUUUCACAGGGUCCUAAUCACUUCUAUACAAACAACAUACUUAGAACUUUUUUAAUGCUGUAUUAAAAAUCUAUUCACAUCAUUCAGUAUCCAGUUAUCAAGGUCUCUUUACAUCACAGAGCUCAUAAUCCCUUAGCCCAGGGAAAUCACAUAAUGCCCAGGUAUCACUUGAAUAAAUAUGACAGCACUUUUGUUAUGACAGUACAUUAGAUUACAAUGAACUUAAAAAAUGUCUUCUGUAAGGUUGCCCUUUUUACUGUAUAUCACAUCAAAGGUUAUAUUUUACACUUCUCAGAGUAUAAUCUUAAUUCCAAGUAAGAUGCAGCAAUCCUUGUGUGUGGACCCUUGAAUGCCACUCAAAACUGUCUGAAUGAAUGUGAAACCAUUUCACUAACUGUGCCUUUGUGGUGAUGUUAAAGCAUGUUUUUCACUUCAAGGUCAUCUGUCACAAAUACUGAUCAAGCUGUGAUCUGUGCUUCAACGACCUUUGCAUGUUAACACAAAUCCAUUAUUCAUAUUGAUACAAACUACUUAAACGUGUGAUUUAUAUAUUUAUAAAGUGCAUUUAAAUGUUGUAGAGCUUAGUUAGUGCUGGAUGUGGUUUAACUACUUUAUACUGUUGGCUAUGGUAACACAAUGUGCAGUUUGCAAAAACAUGUUCCAUUUUUAUUGUGCUGCUUUAAUAAAAUCAGGUGUAACUACUUUAUACUGUGGUACAGGACACACAUUAUGAGCUGCCUAAUCUGAGGCCUAUGUACUUGUAUUUCCAUAACACAAACAUAAAAACUGGGAUCACAACAAAAUAUAAUCUACAUUAAGAAUUGAAAAAGGUCUUUUAAAGUUCUUUUGAGGUAACCAGACUGAUUUAACAUAAUCAAGAUUUUAUAACAUGAACAGGUAUUUACAAAAAUUUUAGAAAAAAAACUGCCAGUACAUAUUUUGCUAGGUGAAAGGAACUAUGUAGAAUGUGUUAGUCAUGAAAAUCUGCGUACUGGAUGUAUCAUUUUUAUCCUUUGAUGUAAACUGUACUGAAUAUUGAAGUAAAAAGAAUUUUUAUGAAUUUUAUUUAUCUUUAUGUAAAAUGAAGGAAAAUUUUGUAUGCUCUUCUCUGUCAAUUUUCUCUAGUAUGUUAAAAGUGGAAGCUUUGUUGUGGUUAGUCAGUAAGACAAUAUCUUACAAAAGCUCAAAUAGCUUUCAUUAUACCAAUUCUUACAUUUGUUCUCAAUACAAAUGCAUUAUUUAAUUUAAUCUGUAUAGUUCUGAGAAUUAAUAGCACUGUCUGUGUUGCAGGCUAUUUAUAUCUGUUCUCGUAAAUUUCUUCAUGCAUGGUGAGAUGUAAAUAUUGCAGAUUUUUCAUUGUUGCAUGUGAAUGUGUUCAUGAGUUGUAAAAUUUGUCUUGUAUUUUCUAAGGAGCUUAUAGGUUUUUUAUUAUUUAAUUUUGAAGAUACUGAAAAAUGUUUAUAUUAAUUUUGUACAAAAAUCUUUAUUUUCCAUACUAAUUUAACAUUAAGCUGUAUAUUUUGUACUGUCAGGCCCACUAUGAUCUUUACAUACUGUUAAUAGAAUGUAAUUCUGUACCCUAUUGUUAACAAUGAUAUGGUACAACAGCAUGGAGUUUUAACUUGUUUACCUUAUAGUACAAAAAUAAUCUGUUAUGCAGGAAGAAAAUGGGUGAGCAGCACCAUCUGUUAGUAUUACUGAAUGAAUAUCAUACAAACAGUGACAUAGCCAAAGACCGAUGUAAGAUUAAGAUUUAGUAAUUGUGUUUACACAACCUAUGGUUUGUAUUGCAAACAUGAACUAAAUGUAUAUGCUUUAUACAGUCAUAUAAUUAAUGUAUUUUGUAUAGUGUUGGAAAUAAAGAUGAUAUUUUUGUUAGUA